GUAUAAUUUAAACUUGCCAAACGGACCGCAAGUGAGUGAGAGAAGUAUCGCUUCUUUUAAACGCACAGACUAGUGCAAAAAGCCAAGCUUUGAUCUUCCGGUCUCCUCUUUGCGUCUCUCGAAUUCUCAAUCGUAGCUAAGUGUUGGUUAUAGGGAGAGAGAAUGAGAUAUAUAGGGUCUCAUGGUGUUGCUGAGCUACAUAGAUACAAGUACAGUGGAGUGGAUCAUUCAUUGGUUGCAAAAUAUGUACUACAACCCUUUUGGAGGCGAUUCGUUAACUUCUUCCCACUUUGGAUGCCACCAAAUAUGAUUACUCUUAUGGGAUUCAUGUUCUUGGUCAUAUCUACAUUGCUUAGCUAUAUAUAUUCACCUCGCCUGGAUUCAAUUCCUCCUAGAUGGGUCCUUUUUGCACAUGGGUUGCUUCUCUUCUUAUAUCAGACUUUUGAUGCUGUCGAUGGGAAGCAAGCAAGACGGACGAGUUCCUCUAGUCCACUGGGGGAGCUUUUUGAUCAUGGAUGUGAUGCACUUGCCUGUGCGUUUGCGUCCUUGGCCUUUGGGAGUACUAUUAUGUCUGGAGGGACUACUUUCUGGUUCUGGGUGAUAACAGCUGUUCCAUUUUAUUUGGCAACAUGGGAGCACUAUUUCACCAAUACCCUUAUUCUGCCUGUUAUCAAUGGGCCUACAGAGGGUCUGAUGCUGAUAUAUUUGUGCCAUUUCUUUACCGCUAUAGUUGGUGCUGAUUGGUGGGCUCAACCUUUUGGAAAGUCUUUGCCAUUUCUGAGCUGGGUUCCGUUGAUAAAUGAAAUCCCAACAAACAAGGUUACGUUGUUUGCAAUAAUAGUUUUUGCUAUUAUACCAACGAGCUUAUUCAAUGUGUACAAUGUUUGUAAGGUUGUUCGGGCGAGGAAAGGAAGCAUGCUACUGGCGUUGGCAAUGCUUUACCCGUUUGUUGUGCUUGUGGGAGGAGUCCUGAUAUGGGAUUAUUUGUCUCCAUAUGAUUUAAUUGGGAACUAUCCACAUUUGGUUAUAGUGGGAACUGGAUUCGCGUUUGGGUUCCUUGUGGGAAGGAUGAUUCUGUCUCACUUGUGUGAUGAACCCAAGGGAUUAAAAACUAGUAUGUGCAUGGUAUGUUGCAUUUUCUCCUCAAAUAAUCCUGAAGCUAUGUCUUUAUUUUACCUUCCCUUUGCCAUUGCAAAUGCUCUCACCGCCAGAUUGAAUGAUGGAGUUCCUUUAGUUGAUGACAGAUGGGUUCUUCUUUUGUACUGUGUAUACACAGGCUCACUAUAUCUGCACUUCGCCGUAUCAGUCAUUCACGAAAUAACUACCGCCCUUGGAAUAUACUGUUUCAGGGUUACAAGGAAAGAAGCUUGAGAUGUGCAAAUGUUGUAUUCUGGGUAUAUACUGUAAUGCCAGUUUUUUUUUUUUUUUGAUCAGCUUGUAAUGCCAGUCUAAUAUGCUGUAAAUCUUUUUUUGAUAACCGAGAACCGAUCCUAGGUAGGGUCCUUUGGACCCAGCCAGGGGCAUAAACUCAGGAUACAUACGGCCACCCGCUAGCAUCAUAUAUCAGGCGGAGCAGGACUUCAAGACUUGAACCUAAGACCUUCUGGAUAGAUGUAUUUUUUUAUAUCGGCUUCUGGAUAGAUGUAUAUCGUGAUGUUUUCACCUUCUUUAUUUUCCUUAAUACAGUUGGUUGUUAUAGUAUUCUUUAUAUCUAUGCAAAUGUAUUUCUUCCUUCAUAA